AAAUGAGGAGAAGCAUGGGAAACAGAAAGUGACUGUCCCAGAAUGAAACUCUGACACAAUUUCCAUGCACACUUAACUUUGUGAACUCCGCAACCACAGAUAUCAUGAGUAGGUGGCACCUUCUUUUUGCAUGACAAGCAACCCAAAAUCCUAACUCUUCAGGAAAAGAGAGAGAGAGAGAGAGAGAAACACCCCACUUCAUUCUUCAUUGUUCCUUUCCAAGGACUUAGAGAAACAAAGAAGCCAUUCAUAUUUAAUAGUGUUGUUGAGUAUAUAUUCUUGGUCAUCACCUUUCACCACUUUGGGAGAGGUAAAUAGAGAGAGAUGGCUUACAACAAGGGGGUGCAUAGCAGCAGCAGUGGAGGGAGUCACAGAGGAAGGCCUUAUGCGUUGGUAUUGCUUAUCACAUUUGGGAUUGCACUGCUUGGGGUUAUGGUGCUUCACAAGCUCAGAGAGAGGCGCAUCUACACCAUUCUUGUCAAAGAGAAAGACCAACAGAUUCUUGCUCUUCAGCUUCUCUUGCAGAAGGAAAGAGAUGGCAGCAAAGAGUUGAGAGGGAAGAACGAAGAGAUGAAGGGGAAGCUAUACUCCCUGAGAAGUCAAAAAAUGGAGCUGGCUAGAACGGUUGUGGAGAUGCAGUCCACCCUUGAUUCACUAAAAGAUGAGCAGAAACUGAUGGAAUCAGAAUUUGAGGAGCAGCAGAAUGAGCUGAGAUUGAUGCAAGAAAAGGGGAAAAGUGUUGGACAAGGAAGAUCUGAAAUAGAAGCAUUAAGAGAUAAUCUUAAGCAUAAGGAAGCAGAGAUGGAGGACUUGAAGCGCCGUCUUGAAAUCCCGGUUAAUGAUCAUCCAACUAUCUUUCCUGAAAUUGUGACAGCAAAUGGAACAAUAGCAGCACAGGAUGAAAAUGGGAAGGAUGAGAUUUCAGGUGAAUCUGCCAAACACGAAGGUGAUACUGAUAACAAUGAAGGCACAAUUAAAAGUGAAUUAACCAAGUUCAAAGAUGGAGAGGUUGCAACUGAGAUAAAAGAUGAAAUUAGGACUGAUGGGGAGCUAGGAAAGGCAAAUGAAGACCCUCGAGAUGAUGGGGGUGGCGCGGCAAAAGAUCUUGAUGAUGUUGAAGAAGCGGAUGGGAGAGAAAAGAAAGCAAUACAAGAGUAUGCAGGACAAGUAGAGAAUAAUACAGAUGGUGGAGAUCAGGUGAAGCAAUUGGCUGGGAUGAAGAGGAAACAUGGCCGUGCAAGUAGAACAAAAGGGAAGCGCUGGAGAACCACUGUCAAGAAUAGUUUAAUGGAGAACAAUGGGGUUUUUGAAAACCACUCGGGAGAUAGAAAGGUUUACAAAGAUGAGUUGAAAGGUAGAAGAUUUGGGAAAGUCUCUAAUGAGGGAAAUUUUGCAAGAAAGGAUGUGGGAUUGAACAAUAACAGCCAUAGAAAAGACAAGCCACUAGCCAAAUUGUUGAAGCCUGAAAACCAUGAAAGCAAAGAAGAUGCCAAUGACAUGAAAGUGAAUAAUACAAAACACCAGGAGACAAAUAGUGGAACUAACAUAUACUCACAGAAUCAGAUACUGGAUGAAAUGAGGCAGUUAGAAGAGAAUGAACAGAGUCAAGUCCAACAAAACUGGAGCAAGAGGCAUAUCAGAAAAGCUGACAAGAAUGCAGGGAAAACAAAAUCCAAGGUGUUACUUGAAGGGCCUGAAGAAUUAGAGGAGAUUUUGGAUGUAAAGAAGCAAGAGGAGGAUCCCAUUGACAGUGACCAUGAUGAUGAGGAUAAUGACAACUAUUUCUUCAAGGAUUUGCACUCUGAAUUUUUAGACGAAAAGGAUGAAUACAAGGAAGAGAUAGACGAGUCAGAGUUUCAGACUGAUUUGUAAUUAAACUGUAUUUACUAUGUCUAUCUAUACUAGAAUAGUGGAUGUAGGCUUGAAAUGCCUAGAAAUAUUUCAAAUUACUGACAUAAGAGGGUGUAUCAGUUUAAGAGGAUAAUGUCAGUGAAAGGACUUCCCUUCUUUCUUUUUGUAUUUAGUAAUAUAUUGGAUAUUUUAGUUUGCAGACGCGUA